AUGGCAUCUUGGCAGUUUAGUGGUUUGAUAGGAAGUGCCACUAGUGUGGAAAUUUGUCGCAACAUAAUGGACAAUAAUUAUAUAGGAUCUCGUCGUAAAAAUGGUUCAACCGGCCCACAAGAUGAGGGUUUAGGUGAUGUUGUUCGUGCUUUGAAUGUUGUUGCUCAAGCGAUGCAACAACAAGUGAAUCUUAAUCAGAACGCACCUCCUCCCCCUCCUCCACAUAAUCAAACGACUUUGUUAGUGAGAAGGUUUAUUGAACAAAAGCCUGAUUCUUUUAAGGGUAGUCCUGAUCCACUAGUUGUUGAAGAUUGGAUGGAUAAGAUUGAGAAAAUAUUCACCUUAUUAGAUGUGAAUGAUGAGGAUAAGUUGAAUCUUGCAGUUUAUAAGCUUGAGGGUGAAGCCACUUGUUGGUGGGAUAUGACUCGUCGUUCUAUAAAUGAUGGCUUGUUUACCUGGUAUCAAGCCAAGUUUGAAAAACUUUCUCGUUUUGCUCCCCACCUGGUUGGGAAUGAAGAUCUGAAGGCUUUUAAGUUUCAGGAGGGACUUAAGCCUUCAAUUAAGAGUAAGUUGUUUGUUUUGAAGAUUACAUCUUAUACUAAGAUAGUGGAGAGAGCGAUGAUCGCGGAGAGAGAUCUCGAGGAAGCAGCGAGAAUCCGUGAGCGUCAUGCUGGCGAUAGGAAUAGGAACGAUAAGAAUAAAAAUCACCCGUAUGAAAGGAAAGAGAACGGAGACGAUGCACAAAGGAAUCUCCAACAUGUUGUGUGUUUUGAGUGCAAGCAACCCGGUCACUAA